AUGGAUGCAUUCGAUCUUAGUUUACGCGAACUGUAUUUUAACGUAAACGGUGGAUACAUGUCGAUGGAAAAACUUUAUCGGGAUGCAGUAAAAAAAGAUAUUCCAGGUGUCACGCGUGAAAAAGUGAAAAAAUGGUUACAAACACAAAAUACGUACGUCGUUCACAAACCGACGCGAGUUCAUUUUAAAACGCAACGAACGUACGUCGAUGGACUCGCACAACAAUUACAAUUAGAUUUAGUUGAUAUGCAGACCUACAGUCGUGCGAAUAAAGGUUACAAAUGGAUUUUAACAUCCAUCGAAAUUUUAAGUCGUUACGCAUUUGUCGUUCCCGCCAAACGAAAAGGAACGGAAGAUAUGGUUCCGGCCGUCGAAAAAAUCUUGGAACAAUUUCACGAAAGAUUUAGACGUUAUCCCAAAGUCGUUCAGUUUGACGAAGGGAAAGAAUUUUACAAUAACGGAGUCAAAGGAUUAUUGGAAAAACAUGACAUUCAUUAUUUUUCGACGCGACUGACUGGAAAAAAAGCAGCGGUCGUCGAAAGAUUCAACAGGACGUUAAAAACAAGAAUGUGGAAAUAUUUUACCGAACAACAAUUUACGACCAAGUCAAAAAAAUGGAUCGACGUUCUGGAUAAUUUUGUUGCAUCGUAUAAUCAUUCGAAACAUCGUACGAUCGAUAUGAAACCUGCCGAUGUGAACGAAACCAAUAAAGAUAAAGUCUGGGUUAAACUUUACGGUUAUCCGUUAUCUCAUUUUCCAGAACCAAAAUUUAAAGUCGGAGAUCGUGUCCGAGAUCAAAUUUACCGCAAAACUUUUGACAAAGGUUACACCCCGAAUUAUUCCGACGAUGUUUACGUUGUCUCGGAAGUGUUUCGCGGUGAUCCGAACAUGUAUAAACUCAUCGAUCCCGACGAUGACGAUCGUGAAAUUCAAGGAAGAUUUUACGAACACGAAUUAUCGUUGGAUCUAAGUGGUAAAUAAACUAUGGCCGAAGCUAUCGAACUUGAUGAGAUCGGACAGGACUACGAACAAGAUUACGAUUAUGACUGGGAGGAAACUAAUUUGGACAAUGAUGAAAUAAAUUACGAUGAUUUAAAUAAACGAUACGACGAAUUAUGGUUAAACAGAUUUUAAAAGGAAUAAUGAAGAUGAUAUAUUUAAAAAAAGAAAGAAGGAAACUAUUUCCCUGUAUUUAACCGGAUCAUCUGUAAAUCUGAAAUCUGAGUACAUAAAGAGAGUUUUUAAAGAAGAUUAUAAUUUAAAUCCGGACGACGGACCUCGUUCAAAAGAUCUAUUUUCUCAACUAGAUGUUGAUAAAUACCGGUUAACGUUCAACGGAACCAAAGUAGCUUUCAUCGACAGAAAUGGGAAAUACUUCUUGUCGAAAGAUACAUCAAACGUACAAGUACUGAAAGAUUUUAGAACUAUCUUUGAAAAAGCUACGGAAGAACAUAAAAGAACAUUCAACAGUAUUACAGAAGAAGAAGUUCCAGAUGGGAAUCCAUCAACUGUUGACGAUAUUUCCAGCGAUGUGCGCAACGAAAUUCAUCGUGAAAAUAUCGACGAUAAUCAUGAAUUUCGUGAUCGGGUUUUACAAUUCCAUCACGAUGGAAAAUUUACCGAACAGGAAGCAAGAGAAUUAGUUGGAAUUACCGUUCCCAAAGGUGAACCUAAUGAACGGAUUAAAUAUUUAAAGCUAGAACGUCAAAAACACAAAACAGAUUUUGAAACCGAAUCCGGUCCUGAACGUCGAGAUAUUUUUCGCGAGGCGUUAGAAAUUAUCGAUCAAAAUAUCGACGAUGCGAAAUUAGAAAUGCGUGAACUUCCCGAAUCCGAAGAAGGUGUGCAUCGCGUUCGAGAAAAAGUUCGCGAGGAUGUACGGACGAGAUUUGAAAAAUUUUAAAUCUGGGCCAAAGAAAAUUUAGGAGUUUUAUCUGCGAUCGCUAUUUCCAUCGCCGGAAUUAUUACGACCGUCGUCGUCGCCGGAAAAAAGACGUUGGUCGGUGCUGCAAAAGGUGUGGGCGAAGUUGGAAAAGCGUUGGGAAAAAUUGCAAAAGCUGCCCUUCCCGUUCUCGUUCCCAUCUUAAAUAUGCUAGCGACCGUUCUGAAAUGGGGUGCGAAAGGAAUAGAAUUUCUUGCGAAAAAUCUAUGGAUUCUUGCCAUUCUCAUCGCAGGAUACUUGUACAAUUAUUUCACGAAGAAAAAAUAA